GAUCGACUCCUCCGCGGUGCGGCGGAAGCAGCUGGGGUUUGUUUUGUUUCUGACGGACUGAAGGUGUGUGAACAGCUGGAGAUAAGAACAGAAAUGAAAUGACCUCCGGCUGAGGAGAGAACUAGACUUUCCCCCGCGGCAUCAUGUCCAACAUGCGGCUGGUGAAGGCGCUGGUCGCCGAGAGACUCGCGGCCGCUGCGGAGGAGAUUGUCCACGUCGUCGAGGGGAAGACGCUGCUGCGCACAGGAGGUUUUAUCUCGUGAUAAACUUUCCACAAGUGGAAGGAAACAAGUCAUUCAAGUGUCCAAGCCGUAUUUUUAUCUUAAUCUCCCCUCAGACCUUAGAAAAGAAAUGUCCCCCGAGCAGCAGAGGGCCGUCGUGCACAAGCGACUGUCGGCUGUCGCUGAUGACAUCUUCAGGAUCCUGGAGAUAAUGAUGAUGGGCGGACACAAGGCCCGUUCCCGUGACGACGAUGACGACCGGCAACGCCAGCUGCUGGACAUGCCGCUGAAAGUCCAGAAAUCACCUGGCUCACCGCCGGAAUCUGAGUUUGUCCACGGUAAGCCGCCACACCUUCACCAAACACACAGAGCAGAAACGGAUGGAGAAACGGAGACUCGAGGAGAGCGGCGUGCGCUGCCACCGGGUGACCGGGAGGUUCUGUCGUCCAGAAACCCAGAAGCCGGGAGUGAGGAUGACGAGAAAUCGCUCAAAUCAAACAAAGGAAGGAGAACAUCUCAGCGACUGAGACAACGUCAGGCUGAUGCUGACUGCUGCGAGACGUGCGGCAGGUCUUUCCACGAAGACGCCGGUGGCGAGAAAACGAAAACACACGCGAGGCAAAUCGCCGCAACAGACCAGAGCCAGGCGACGGGGGAGAGUUGUUGCCGAGUGUGCGGAAAGUUUUUCCGACACAAAAGUGCUUUCCUGAAACACGUGCUGCGGCGCGAGGGCUGCACAGACCUGUGCGGAGUCUGUGGAAAACUUUUGGGCUCUGACGGCGGUUUGAGGCGGCAUUUACGAACGCACAGCGAAGAGAAGAAGAGCUGCGGGGACGGAGCGGACGAGGAACAGGAAGACGCUGAGAGUGAAAUGGGCGGCGGUGACGAGGACUGGAAGGAGAGCGAUGGUUACGGUGUAGACGGCGUUAAAGAUGAGACCAAAGACGGACCAAAAACCAAAAUUCACGCGUCGAAUACACCCGAUGGACCAAAGAACAAGGACUGUAAGGAUUCGUCUCAUGUGAAAUAUUGCUGCAAAGUGUGCGGCAGGUCCUUCUGCUACAGAGCCUCCUUUUUGAAGCACGUGCAGGAAGACGAGACGGACGCGGAUCUCUGCGGCGUCUGCGGCGAGCGAUUCGAGACGGCGGCGAGUCUGAAGCUCCACCUGCGGACCUACAUCCGGACGAACGACUGCGACGUCUGCGGCAAACCGUUCGACGGCCAGAAGCAGCUGGAGAUGCACGUGAGGACGCACACGGGCGAGAAGCCGUUCGUCUGCAGCGUCUGCGGCAAAGCGUUCGCCCAGAACGGCAACCUGAUGGGACACAUGAGGGCGCACACGGGCGAGCGGCCGUACGUCUGCAGCGUGUGCGGCCAGAGCUUCGGCUUCAAGGAGUACAUGACGGCGCACAUGAGGAUCCACACGGGCGAGAAGCCGUUCCUGUGCAGCGUCUGCGGGAAGGGGUUCCGGCAGAGGGGCACGCUGAAGACGCACACGAUGAUCCACACGGGCGAGUCCACGCACCGCUGCGCCGUCUGCGACAAGGCGUUCUACAAGAGCGGCGCGCUGAAGAUCCACAUGCGGUCGCACACGGGGGAGAAGCCCUACCUGUGCAACGUGUGCGGCAAGAGCUUCACGGCGAGCAGCUCGCUCACCAAGCACAUGGGCGUCCACGAGGGGCAGCGGGCGCACGGCCGCGGGGUCCCGGGGAGGGAGGAUCGGAAGGGACACGCUCAGACACACGGGGAUGAAGCAGCGCAGCUCACGAGUCUCUAAUGCCGAGCGCGAGGGGAAACACGCAAAAAAAACAACUUCCCAGAGUUCUGCGAGUGAAAUUUUCUUAAACGGAGAAGCAGUUAUGCUGUACAGAUUUUUCUUUUUGCAUUUUAUGAUCCAUGUGCUGUUAAUCACCAUCUAAGUACCAAAUGAACAUAUCUGAUUAUUGAUCAUUGAACAACACAAUUAAGCUAAACACUUGAGAGAGAUGUUACAAAAAAUACAUGUAAAAAUAUAUUUUUUAUAUAUAUUUCAGGGUGUGUUUUUCAUCUUUUCCCCUUCUUUAUAAAAAUUAUGAAAAAUAUAAAAAUGUUCUUUGUUCAAUGUCACAUUAAAUUUUAGUCAUAAUCAUUUCA